UUCACGACAGUUCCUCCGGAUUUUUUUAUCGGUUUCUCCGGUGGAUUUGGAGUCAAGCAAACAUGGCGAGAGGCAGUAGUGCUGGUUUUGACAGGCAUAUUACAAUUUUCUCACCUGAAGGGCGACUUUAUCAAGUGGAAUAUGCUUUUAAAGCUAUCAACCAGGGUGGACUGACGUCUGUUGCUGUGAAGGGAUGUGACACUGCGGUGUUUGCAACACAAAAGAAAGUUCCUGACAAGCUUCUCGAUGCCUCCAGUGUGACCCACGUUUUUCAACUGACCGAAUACAUCGGUUGUGUCAUGACAGGGAUGAUUGCUGAUAGCAAAUCUCAAGUGCAACGUGCACGGUACGAGGCAGCCAAUUUUAAAUAUAAAUAUGGCUACGAGAUUCCAAUUGACACACUGUGUCGUCGAAUUGCUGAUAUCAGUCAGGUAUACACCCAGAAUGCAGAGAUGAGGCCCCUGGGAUGCUCCAUGAUACUGGUUUCCUACGAUCAGGAAAAAGGCCCCUCCAUCUACAAGGCCGAUCCUGCUGGCUAUUUCUGUGGCUAUCGAGCCAUUUCUGUCGGUGCUAGGCAGACCGAGGCCAACUCCUACCUCGAAAAGAAACUAAAGAAGAAUCAGAAUUACAGUCACGACGAGACUAUUCAGCUGGCUAUCACCUGCUUGUCAACUGUACUUUCUGUGGACUUCAAACCCUCGGAAAUCGAGGUCGGAGUUGUCUCAAAGAAUCAGCCGAAAUUCCGGGUUCUCACUGAGCAAGAGAUUGAUAAACAUCUCACUGCCAUUGCUGAGAAGGAUUAAAUAUCAUAUUUCUUCAACGUUUGUUUUGAUUACACAAUAAAAUAGAUUAAAUAUACAUUUUUUGGGUUAA